GUCAAUUCCAAACUCUUAUUCCUUCCCAUCACAACAAUAAACAGUAGUUUACUUCUAACAUAGAAAUACCUUUCAACCCUCUCUACAACACCCCAUAACUCGAUCAUCUUCUAAUGGGAAUUCAUAAACAAACAUCCCACACCCUCCCUUCCACCCCAAUCCACCACCACUCCUCCGAUUUCAAGUUCACCGUCUCCCUCUCCCCUCCGGAUUCAACCGCCACGAAUCUUCGCCCAGCGGACGAGCUGUUCUACAACGGCCAACUUCUCCCCCUCCAACUCUCCCCUAGGAACUCCAUGGUUUGCAACCUCUCCGACUACCAUUCAUCCCUCUCCUCAGGUUCCUCCGCCACCGAAGACGGUGAUCACCCUCCUCACAAACUGUUUCACUCCAACCAAAAGAAAGUACCCAUCAGCAAACAGUUUUCAUUAAAGAAAUUCUCUUCCGUGUUUCGCAAGGAAACCAAACCCGCCUCACCCACUGAUUUCGCAACUGUAUCCUUGAAAGAAAAGAUACGAAAGUACAUGAAGAAACUAUCCAAAUUUCAUACUCCUCAAAUGGUGAAAAGAGAGGACAUCAUUUCUUAUUCGUUUUCGGGAAAUUUAAGGUUUCUAACAAGGACAAGCUGUGUCUCCAGCUGUCCGUCCACGAUGCCGUCGUCCCCGUACCAUUGCCAGAAAAACGUCAUCAGUAGCGACACAAACAGAAUUUCUUCAUCCACUGAGGAACUGCAGUGCGCGAUGCAAGAAAUCCUUGAACACUCAGUAAACAAACAGUUAUUGGACAAGUCUUUGAUGAUCCUAUGAUUUAGAAUCAUGCAUCUGGAUCUGAUCUAACAGGAUUUGGCUGUGACUUCGGAUUUAGUAGAUUAAUAUGAUCAAGUACCUAGUAAUAAUUCUUUUUAUUUUAUUUUAUAUGAUAUAUUUAGGAAGAAAUGGAAGGUUGUCCAUGUGAUACAAUUUAUUAUAUGUAGAUCAUGCAUUUACUACUUCAAUAUUUAGCUUCUUUUGUGG